AUAAAAGGCAGUGGGUGAGAAAUCGGAGACACAGACGAGCACCCAAUACAGCAACUUUGAGGAGCGCUGACAGUGAGCUGCUGCCGGCUCGAAGAAGAGAAACCGACAGGUGGAAAAGAAGCUCGAGACGAAGAGGCAUGAGGAACUGCUGAAGGGGAGAUUUUAAAAGGAGAACUCGUCGGAGAGGUAGAAGUCAGUGACAGAGACGGAGAGUCCUGAUAGUUGUGGUGUCAGUUUUUCAGCAGUUGUGGUAACCACUGAGAGGAAGUGACUGUUUUGGCCCCCCCAAAAAACACAAAGUCAUCAUGUCCCUGGAGGUGAAGGAGAAGACGAAGGUGCGUCUGGUGUUCCUGGGUGCAGCAGGAGUGGGCAAGACCGCCUUGAUCCGGCGUUUCCUCCAAGACACAUUUGAGCCCAAACACCGGCGCACAGUGGAGGAGCUGCACAGUAAGGAGUACGACAUCGGCGGGGUGAAGGUCACCGUGGAGAUUCUGGACACCAGCGGCAGCUACUCCUUCCCUGCCAUGCGCAAGCUGUCCAUACAAAACAGUGACGCCUUUGCACUGGUGUAUGCCGUGGACGACCCCGAGUCCCUGGAGGCUGUCAAGAGACUCCGGGAGGAGAUCAUGGAGAUCAAGGAGGACAAGUACACACCCAUCGUGGUGGUGGGCAACAAGGUGGACCGGGGGGAGGAGCGCCAGGUGUCCGGCGGGGAAGUGCUGUCAACCGUGGAGCUGGACUGGAACAACAGUUACCUGGAAGCUUCGGCGAAGGAGAACGCCAACGUGGUGGAAGUGUUCAAGGAGCUCCUGCAGCAGGCGAACCUUCCCAGCCGCCUCAGCCCCGCGCUACGCAGACGCAGGGAGACCUUUCCGAAAGACACCGACUUCCGGCCCCCGAUGAACAAGACCAACAGCUGUAUUCUGUCAUAACGGGGGAAGAGAGGAUAAAAUGUUCUGCUGUAAAAAAAAAAUUAUAAACACGAGAUGAGAUGAGAAGACAGAGGGAAGAUAAGAGGGGAUGUUGUGAGACAGACUGCUGCUGGACUUCGGUCGGUGUUGGUGUGGAGGGAGGAGCUGCCUGGUUGUGAUGAACAAAUACACUCCGGGAUUCACAACGGAGAGGAAAAGACGCUGAGACACAGAGAGGUGUUGAGACUGAACUGAAACCGACUGCCACCUGAGUUAAACCGAGAGAGGGACGACACGUCGAUCCCUCAGUCGUUUACUUAAUGUUACGUUGUUGCUGCUUAUUUGGUGACAUGCUGCUGUUCUUUAGAUCAAUGUAUAGCUUUUGAAUUUUUAACUCUUCACUCGCAUCGAGGUACUUGGACUGUUGCAGACAGAUUGUUUACCGGGGCAAAGAGAGUGUCAGUGUUGUGGUUUGUGCUAAAACUUGUAUUCCCCGUGUAAACUGUUUCAAUUGACCACUUCAAUUCUGUAGCAUCACACCGUUUACAAUUAUUUGUAUUCAAUUUCAAUGUGCCAUGCAGCGCGGCAUUACUCUUUCUCUAAACAGAAGUGGUGAAAUGCAAAUGUGAACUGUAAAAAUGCACUUUUUUUUAAUUUGAAAUUACUAUUCAAAAUGGUUUUUUUUAUAAAUUAAUUUUUUUAUUAUUACAUGCUCUCACAAAUGUUAUGUUGCUGUUUAUACAAUAAAUAGAAGUGUAAUGUGUG